GAAUCAUCAUCGCAAUUGCAUCAAUGCUACCAAAAUGAUAACUCAACGCAUUGGUUAUGGCCUCCGGGCCAAACCAUCUACGAACCUUCUCCCCCUCAGAGCUUUCCGUUCUCCUCUCCGAGCCUUUACCUCCACGGCGCAACGAAUGCAAGAUGUCUUCCACUCUCAACUCGAAUCCCAAAACCCCUCUUCUACUUUAUCUGCACUUAAGGGAUCUACAAGCGGAAUACCGCAAACUCUCACUGAAAAAAUCGUCCAAAAAUACUCCAUUGGCCUUCCACCCUCAAAGAAAGUCCAAUCUGGAGACUAUGUCACCCUUUCCCCGCACCAUUGCAUGACCCACGACAACUCCUGGCCUGUGGCGCUCAAGUUUAUGUCGAUUGGAGCCACCAAAAUCCAUGACCCGAAACAGAUCGUAAUGACCCUGGACCACGAUGUACAAAAUAAGUCCGAGUCGAACCUGAAGAAGUAUCGCCAGAUUGAGGAGUUCGCCAAGAAGCAAGGAGUGGAUUUCUACCCCGCGGGAAGGGGCAUUGGACAUCAGAUUAUGGUAGAAGAGGGAUACGCCUGGCCUGGGACGAUGACCGUUGCGAGCGACUCGCAUACCAACAUGUAUGGAGGGAUCGGCUGUUUGGGAACGGCGAUGGUUCGGACGGACGCAGCUUCCAUUUGGGCGACCGGAAAGACAUGGUGGCAGAUUCCCCCUAUUGCGAAAGUUACAUUUACUGGUGUGUUGCCGAAGGGAGUUACGGGAAAAGAUGUUAUUGUGGCGCUGUGUGGGCUGUUUAACAACGACGAGGUGCUGAACCAUGCCAUUGAGUUCACGGGGAGUGAGCAAACGAUGCGGUCCAUACCAGUGGAUGAUCGAUUGGCGAUUGCGAACAUGACUACAGAAUGGGGCGCCUUGACAGGACUGUUCCCUAUUGAUGAUAUGUUGAAGGCAUGGUUAAGAGCCAAGGCUACGACAGCUGCGCUGUUUGACCAAGGCAAGGACACAAGAUUCACACAUGCACGAAUUGACGAGCUGUUGCAAAAUGCGAUGGUGGCAGACAAAGGAGCCAAGUAUGCGAAAUCUCUUUACCUCAACCUGUCUACUCUAUCGCCAUACGUCUCGGGUCCAAACUCCGUAAAGGUCGCUACUCCCCUCAACACUCUGGAAGCGCAAAAUAUAAAACUGGACAAAGCCUACCUUGUCUCAUGUACCAACUCCCGGGCCUCUGAUCUUGCUGCAGCUGCGAAGGUCUUCAAGGACGCCUCCGCCUCUGGAACCCCCGCCAAGAUUGCCCCUGGCGUGAAAUUCUACAUUGCUGCCGCAUCUCUCCCAGAACAGCAAGCCGCGGAAGAAGCGGGUGACUGGCAAGCUUUGUUGGAUGCCGGAGCACAGCCGUUGCCGGCAGGCUGUGGGCCAUGUAUCGGCCUUGGGACUGGGCUGUUAGAGCCCGGUGAAGUGGGAAUAAGUGCAAGCAAUAGAAAUUUCAAGGGCAGAAUGGGAAGCCCAGAUGCGAAGGCCUACCUUGCAUCUCCGGAAGUGGUAGCAGCAUCCGCCCUGAAGGGAACAAUUGCCGGGCCGGGUUGGUAUGAGAAGCCAAUCGGGGUGGAGAAGGUGGUCCUUGGUGAGGGGAAUGGUAUUCCGGAAGAGGAUCGCGCUAUCAGUAUCGAGGAGGCGUUGGAUAAGAUCAUUUCCCAAGCCGACUCUAUCAUUGAAGGGGCCGAGAAAUCCAUCCUGGGUGGAUCGCAAGAGGCAACAGAAGCGGCAGAGGAUGAAGAAUCACUGACUGCCAUCCUCCCCGGCUUCCCUGAGAAGAUAGAAGGCGAAAUCAUCUUCUGCGAUGCAGACAACAUCAACACCGACGGUAUCUACCCCGGGAAAUACACUUAUCAAGAUGACAUCACACCGGAGGUCAUGGCCAAGGUGUGUAUGGAGAACUACGAUCCUGCUUUCGGUUCUCUUGCUCGCGAAGGCGAUAUCCUAGUCUCUGGAUUCAACUUUGGUUGUGGGAGCUCCAGAGAACAAGCCGCCACAGCAAUCUUGGCCAAGAAAAUCCCUCUUGUCGUCGCCGGGUCUUUUGGCAACAUCUUCUCGCGGAAUUCGAUAAACAACGCCCUCAUGGGGGUGGAAGUCCCGCGUCUCAUCGAGAGACUCCGUGAGACAUUCUCAGCGAAGAAGGUAGAAUCCAAUAGCCAUGUGAACGAACCGAACGAAAACAAGGAUAGUCUUGACUCGCCACCUCCAUCAAAGCAGGCGAGCCCUGCCGAGGAGAAGGUGCUUACCAGAAGAACUGGAUGGAAGCUCGUUUGGGAUGUGAAGCGGAGCAAGGUCAUCGUCACCGAAGGAGAAGGAGGAAAGACGUGGAGUCAGAAGGUUGGCGAACUGCCGCCUAAUGUUCAAGAAAUUAUUGCCAGAGGUGGAUUGGAGAAAUGGGUCAAGGGUGAGAUUAGUAAAUCGGCGUGAUGUAUAAAUAAAUGUAGGGAAAUAAAAAGAAAUUUGAAUACAUCAAGAUGUACAUACC